CGCCUGCGCCAGAGCUGCUGCCUCGCUCCCGGAAGUGGAGGGUUGGUUCGGAGAAAGCCGCUGGGUCUGGGUGCCCGGAGGCAGAAGCGCUCGCGGAGCUCGCCGGUCAGUCCCCGGCCGCCAUGUCGUCCUUCGACACCAAUCCCUUCGCAGACCCAGUGGACGUAAACCCCUUCCAGGAUCCCUCUGUGACCCAGCUGACCAAUGCCCCGCAAGGUGGCCUGGCUGAAUUCAACCCCUUCUCAGAGACAAAUGCAGCCACAACAGUUCCUGUCACACAGCUCCCUGGGCCCUCGCAGCCGGCGGUUCUCCAGCCCUCAGUGGAACCAACCCAGCCAACCCCCCAGGUACUGUUGACAAAAGCCAGCAAGUUCCUGCCUACCAGAGUCCUGGCAGUGAGUGAGCUCUCAGAGAGGCAGGUGCUACUAGGAGGAGAUAGUAUUCUCAGAGACAGCUACAUGCAGAAGCUUCCGAAGGCUGUGGCCUCUGCAGUGCAGGCGAGCCUGCUCCGGCAGCAGGAAGAACUGGACAGGAAAGCAGCUGAGCUGGAGCGCAAGGAGCGGGAGCUGCAGAACACUGUGGCCAACCUCCAUGUGAGAGAGAACAACUGGCCGCCCCUGCCCUUCUGGUGCCCUGUCAAGCCCUGCUUCUAUCAGGAUUUCUCGGUAGAGAUCCCUGCUGACUACCAGCGGAUAUGCAAGAUGCUCUACUAUCUCUGGAUGUUGCACUCGGUGACUCUGUUUCUGAACCUGCUUGCCUGCCUGGCCUGGUUCUUAGUCGACACCAGCAACGGAGUGAACUUUGGCCUAUCGAUCCUGUGGUUUAUCAUCUUCACCCCCUGUGCCUUCCUGUGUUGGUACCGACCCAUCUAUAAAGCCUUCAGGUCUGACAACUCUUUCAGCUUCUUUGUAUUCUUCUUCGUAUUUUUUUGUCAAAUAGGGAUCUACAUCAUCCAGUUGGUUGGCAUCCCUGGCCUGGGGGACAGUGGUUGGAUUGCGGCCCUGUCUACACUGAAGGAAGACCACUUGGCUGUGUCGAUCAUCAUGAUGGUGGUGGCUGGCUUCUUCACUCUGUGUGCCGUGCUCUCCCUCUUCCUUCUGAAGCGAGUGCACUCCCUGUACCGCCGGACGGGGGCCAGCUUCCAGCAGGCCCAGGAGGAGUUUUCCCAGGGCAUCUUCAGCAACAGGACCUUCCGCAGCGCUGCCUCCAAUGCUGCCCGAGGAGCCUUCCAGGGGAACUAGCCCUCCUGACUGACCUUCCUCUGCCCCAGCCCUUUCUCUUGCCUGCCUUCUAGCUGCACUUUCCGUGGGUGCCUUAAACAGUGGUUAUGCCCAGCACAGACCGGAGGAGGGUCUUGUCUUGCCGGGCUGCUUCCUCCUUCCUCAGCAA